ACCAGGUAUUGCCUUCACUACCUAUAGAGUACCAAACCAAUAUGACAACGGAAGUCGAUGAAGAUAAAGAUGACAACUUCAAAGAAGACAAAAGUUCUACAAUUGACCCCAAGGUUGUAGGGUUUGAAAAACAGAUUGCAGAGCUUAGAGCAAAGUUGGAACUUAAAGAGUUGAAGAGAAUGGAACUGAAAGCACAAGUGGAGGCCCUCCAAAGUGAAAUGAAGGCAUUAAGUUAUGGGAGCAGGAAACUGGAAGAGACGAUCCAUAAACUUGAGCUUGCGCAUCUAUCUUAUAUUGUACCAAAACUAGCAAAGUCCAAAUUUUACUAGAAAAUGCAUUUGGAAAUUUUAAACAAGCAAAUUCAAAGCUCAGAUUUUCCUUUUUGUUCACAAACUGGCUUUAGUUUGGGGUUUUUAUUUUUAUUUUUAUUUUUAUUUUUAUUUUUUAAAGAGGAUUAAUUAAUUUCAUUCACACUG